CGUUGUCAAGGCGCUAGACCAUCGCAUGGUCCGGCGUCCUCGAGGCGCCAGACCAUUUGAUGGCCCGACGUCCAGAAGGCGCCUGAUCAUCCGAUGGUCCGGCGUCGUCAAGGCGUCAGACCAUCCGAUGCUCCCGUCGUGAGAGAGAUUGCAGGCGGAGCUGCUGUGGUUGGAGUUGAUGCGUUUGCAGCAACUGCUGCUGCUUAUCCCACUGUUGAUGAUGCUGCUCGUCCUAUCGAGGCGUCGGUCACAGCAGUUGCUAAUGCUGCUCAUCCCACUGUCGCUGCAGCUGCUGCGGUUGGAGUUGAUGCGGUUGCAGCGGCUGUUGGUGCUCCUGCUGGGUCCCGCAACUGGUCUGCUGCGGUCGGAGUUGCUGUGGUCGCAGCAGCUGCUGGUGCUCAUCCCACUGUUGUUGAUGCUGCUCAUCCUAACGAGGCAUCGGCCACAGCAGCUGCUGAUGCUGCUCAUCCCAUUGUUGCUGCAGCUGCUGCAGCUGGAGUUGAUGCGUUUGCAGCAGCUGCUGGUGCUCCUGCUGGGUCCCGCUGCUGGUGCGGCUAUUUUGCUGGUGCUACUGCUGCUCAUCCCACUGUUGCUGCAGCUGCUGGUGCUCCUGCUGGGUCCCGCUGCCGGUGCAGCUGCUGUGCCCCGGUCUCCCCUCCGAUGGUCCGGCGUCGUCGAGGCGCCAGACCAUCGGAUGGUCCAGCGUCGUUGAGGCGCCGGACCAUCGAGGCGUCGGUCACAGCAGCUGCUGCUGCUGCUCAUCCCAGUGUGGCUGCAACUGCUGCGGUCGGACUUGCUGCGGCUGCAUCAACUGUUGAUGCUGCUCAUCCCAUUGUUGCUGCAGCUGCUGCGGUCGGAGUUGCUGCGGUUGCAGCAGCUGCUGGUGCUCAUCCCACUGUUGUUGACGCUGCUCAUCCUAUCGAGGCCUCGGUCGCAGUUGAUGCUGAUGCGGCCCAUCUCACUGUUGCUGCAGCUGCUGCGGUUGGACUUGAUGUGGUUGCAGCAGGUGCUCGUGAUCCUGCUGGGUCCCACUGCUGGUGCAGCUGCUGUGCCCCAGUCUUCCCUCCGAUGGUCCGACGUCCUGCGUGCUCCUCGGGGGUCUCUACGCCGAAGGUUGUCGGAAGGGCGGUCACGUUCCAAGAGAAGUACUGGGCAAUCGAUUGGCACCUCGGUAUGAAAGUCCCUUGUUGCGGGCCAGUUGUUUUUUUGCGGGAUCAGAGCGGCGGUUACUACCCAUGCGGGGGCAUCAAGACUUACUCGUUUGAUAAGAACAUGCCUGACGAGGAGUACAUGAGAUUCCAUCUCACGACGUGUUUUGACAUCGACGGCCACGAGGUGCCUGACAAUUACAAGCUCGUGUCUCUCCACGUCGAGAAGUUCCAACGUUACGGCAUCCGCGCUGCAUCAAUGUCUCCGUUCGACAAGUCGAAGAAGAAGGAUGCGUCGCAGAUGGUGAUGCUAAGGCCGUUCGAGUUUCUCAAACGCGUUAAUUGCUAUAAGGUGUCGAACUAUAUCGUGACGAUUGACAACAACCUGCAGUUGUCAAAUCCCUUCGUGCCCUUCGACUGUGAUCUUGGAGACUUCGCAGACAUGGUGCGACGUCACAAGCUGCAGGCGAUGGGCCAAGCCAUUUUGCGAACUACCGUCUCUGUGAGCUCGCCAAAGGCGGUGGGCAAGAGUUGUGGGGAGCCGAAAACAUCCGCCUGUAUGAGCAAAAGUGCGGCCGCAUCGACACAGGCAAAGAGCGUGCGCAAAUCAGCUUCUCUGCUCCAGCCGAAGGGUGUGUCUGCGCCRCAGGCACCAUCACAUGCAGAAUAUGCGGCAUGCGUUUCUUUGACUCCGCCUGGUGGGGCCACUAACCAUGAGGAUGACGACGAAAACGUAGAGGAGGACUCGCGCUUCUUCAACUCAGACGGUGGGCGGUGGCCCGAUGGCAAUGAUGCGAAAGACACGGAAGGGGACAAGACGAACAAUGGUUCCGCGACGGUGCACACGAUGAAGAGGGAAGCUUGGAAAAUGGCUUCGCCGAAGGCGAUGGUAGUGAAGGCCAAGAGGAUCAUGGUGAUGAAGGCGAUGGGAGUGAAGAAGAAGAAAAUGAGGAUGCAAGUGACGAGGACGCCGCAGAACGGGAAGACAGCUACAAAGGGGGGAGCGAAGGAGAUGAGGGUGGGGCGGACGACGACGGCGACGGGAAUAGAGGGUCGCAAAAAAGGCGGGAAUAGUCUUUCCGUGCCACAAGUCAUGACGGUCCGGCAGAAGAUGACGAUGUGUUGCAUAGCACACAGAGGCGUGCAAUACAACCACAGGCCGUUGAACGAGAUGUUGGUCACCUCCAUCAGGGACGCAAUGAAACACCCGGAAAAGCAGAAGGAGUGGGACAGAAACACGUGGAUUCUUGCUCCUGUCGUUGAAGUGCAGAAGGAUGGCCGGAAGCAGUGGGAACGUGUGAAGCCGGAGGAGUGGGAUGAUGACAAGGUGGCCUCCUACCAUUGGUACGCAGUGGCCGGCCAACAUACAGCGAAGGCAGCAAAGAGGCUGGUCGCUGCGAAAUCGUCUGCUGCCCACAAGUGGGGCGUGCAUUCUUGGAAGGCGCGGGUUGUAUAUUUUGACGAUGACCAUUUGGAGGGGUAUGCGUACAUCUCCACGUUUAACAACACCAGGGAGACACGUGUUAUCCCGUCGUCGUUUCGAAUGGCUGUGACUGCUAUAAGAGGCAUGUGGCAGAGUAUGAAAGAGUCAAAAGGUGAUUGGCAUCAGGCAAAGACGGUGGAAGAACGAACUGCAUAGUGUGACCAAUAUCAGGAGUUCGUACGGAGAGCUAUACGGAUGACUCCUGACACAUCGCUCUGGAACCAGU